CGCAUUAGGUCCCAGCAGAGAGAGAGCACGCACGCGACGCGGUUUCCUCGUCCUUCUCCCUUUCUCUGCCCGGCGCCGCCACCCCUCUCCUCGCCGCGCCGCAGGCUGGACUCAUCGGGCUUGGCACCGAUGGCGACGGCCGACGCCGCCUUCCCUCACCACAGCGGACACAGACGGACGCAUCUCCCCUGAUUUCUCACCGAAUGACAGGAGCAGAGCCCCACUGUCGCAAGAAUGGACAAGGAAAAAGGGGAAGUAGAGGAGGAGGAGAAGGAGAAGGAGAGAAGCUUGGUGUCCAUUAUGAAGACUAAGCCGCUUGUCCCAGGAAGCGGAAGGGCAAGGGCAAGGGUUGUGUCGCUGCCGAGGAAGCGGGCCAAGGAUUACGGCAAUGUCCCGCUCGCCGAGUUGUUAUUAAGGGUAAAAAAGAUCCUCCACCUUAACGUCUUGCUGACCCUGCCGAUGCCAAGAGCCGCACCAACCCCACCAUCCGCCGCUGGACGGAAGAUCUCAAGACCUCUGCCUACCAAGCCGACCAUCUCCUCGAAAACUUCCGCUAUGCGGCGCUGUGCCGAUGACCACAUCCGCGGCCCCUCCUUUGCAAUGGAGCAUGAUAAGCAAGCGGAGAAGGAUUAUGAAGAGGAGGAAGAGAAUGGGGAGGACGAGGAUGAGCAAGGUACUUUGUUUGAGGAGGAGGAAGAUUCUUCUUAUUUUGCUGUCAAAGCGCUAAGUGUUAUGCUAUGCAAAAUUGCAUUGUUUGGCUGUCAACGUUCAAUAUUUUUGUUGUAUAAAGUUCAAAGGAGGAGCUGUCCAAAAUUAAAAAGCCAUGAUGUUCAAUUCUUUCUUAGUCAUAUAUAUUUGUUCCAUUUCUACACUUUUCAUAGAAGAAAGCUUAUUUUUUCAUCACUAUGACCAACUUUUAAACCAUAGACUGCUAGAUGUUGCGUUUUUAGCAAUAUAAAGUGCUUUUUUUCAAAUUAUGGGUUUAAUUGCUGUAGAAGAUCAAAACUAGUCUUUAAAAAC